AUGCAUGGGGGGUUGGGGGUCAUCAAGCUGAGCGACGCCGUGCAGAAGCUGCCGCGCCAGGUGACCUGCAACGUCCACGGGGUGGGCGGGAACUUCCUGGCCAUCGGGCGGCAGCGGCGGCGCGCCACAGCCGAGGAGUAUGGCGGCAAGCGGUUUUCAAAGGGCGCCUACUUUAUCGGCAAGGCGGUCUGGGGCAAGGGCUACCACGAGCUGCUGGACUGCAUGGCGGCGCACACCGCCAUAGUUCGGGCGCGGCGGGAGGAGGAGCGCGCGGCGCGGCACAAGGCGAGAGAGGCAGCACUGCAGAAGGUCCCCCGGGGCCUGGAGGAGGCGGCCACAGAGCAGGGCCUUGACGGCCCGGAGGCGGCCGCCCUCACCACCGCCGCCGCCGCCGCCGUCGCCGCCGCCGCCGCGGCGUCGCUCACGCUCGGCGCGGCAGGGGCGGGGGCCGGGGGGGAGUGCCACCUGGAUAUCAUCGGGUCGGGGGAGGACCUGGCCGCGAUCAAGGAGGACGCGGCUUCCAAGCAGCUGGACGUCAGCUUCUACCCCGGCAGGGACCACGCUGACGAGUCCAUUCAGGAGUACCAGGUGUUUGUCAACCCCAGCAUAUCGGACGUCGUCGCCACCACGACCGCAGAGGCGCUGGCCAUGGGGAAAUGGGUGGUGGUGCAGGACAUCCCCUGCAACGCGUUCUUCAAGCAGUUUGGCAACUGCCUGACGUACGACGACGCCGCCGGCUUCAGCGCCGCGCUGCUGCACGCGCUGCAGAACGAGCCCGCGCCCAUGGACGACGAGACGCUCAACAAGCUCUCCUGGGAGGCAGCAACCGAGCGGCUGCUAGACGUGUCGGCCAUCAAGCCGGAGGAGUGGCCCAGCCACAGGCAGCAGCGGUACGACGCGAUGAUCUGGCGGAUGUACCGCUCAGUCACCGGCUUCUCAGUCCUGCGGUCCGCCCUGGGCAUCAGCAGCGCCACAGGGGACGACAAGCCAUUGGAAGACGACGAGGACAGCCACUCGGAUUGUGAGCAACCGCCCCCUACCUCGACCUGA